AGCGAGCGAGCAACGCUACGCCGGAUUUGCUCGGAGGCUCUGAGGAGUAUGCGAGUCCCGCCGUAGAUGCUUCAUCUUCGGUCCAAGUUCUCUUUUGCCUUCGACGAGGGAAGUCUGUGAAGCACAACGAUUGGCUGCUUGUAGCUUCGAGGAACGUUGAUGUCGCCGGAAAAUGUUUUUUCUCUCUUAAGUCCGAAGAGGUUUCUCUGUUCAAUAAGCGCGAGAGGCGGUCGAGAGCUCAACUGCGGACGGUUGGGAUUUGAGGAGCACGGUUUGUCUCUUCAAUAAGCGCGAGAGGCUGUCCAGAGCUCAACUGCGGACAGCGCGAGAGGCUGUCCAGAGCUCAACUGCGGACAGGUGGGAUUUGAGGAGCAUGAAUGAGAAGAUGUUCCUUGAGAGUCUUUCUUUUGGCGAAGGAGGUUCUUCUUUGACGAAGGGAGGUUGUGUUUUCUCUCCUCUUGCAUGGAGAAACCUCCCCUCCCGUGUGGAAAACGGGGCCGUGUUUGCGCCUUUUCGAGGAGCACCGAAGGAGGUUGUUCUUUGACGAAGGGAGGUUGUGUUUUCUCUCUCUUCUCUCUUGCAUGGAGAAACCUCCCUCCCGUGUGGAAAACGGAGCCGUGUUUGCGCCUUUUCGAGGAGCAUGCGGUGCAAGUUUCAUGGAAAGGUGUUUCUUUUGUCGAAGAGAUGUUCUAUUGACGAGGCGGGUGGUGCGCUGCUGUUCUCUUCUCUUUUGCAUUUGAUAAUUCUCCCCUCCCGUGUGGAAGGAAACGGCACCGUGUUUGCGCCUGUCCAACGUGAAGGGGAAUGUAUGACGGGAUGGCGUCCUUUUGACGGGUGUGUGUAGAGUUUCUUUAUUUGACGUUCUGUCCCUGUCAUGGAGUUCCGUCCUUGAGCGGUAGUGUGUAAGAGACACUAGCUCGCGAGUUGUUGACUGUCGUCUUCGACCAAGUAGCAGCAACAUAAAGUCGACCAAGUAGCAGCAACAUAUAGUGACCCAGGUUCAAGCAGAUAGGAUAAUAAAGUGAAGUGACGGAAAGAUGUUGAGGCGAGGGGAUCGUUUUAUGCGUCGGUUCGCUCUGCCCGUUUAUUUGGCUUUUACUACGAUAGCUUGUGAAAUAUUUACCGAACGCAUUUGUGUACGACCGUAUUGGCGGCUACACGUAUACUAGGACGUACGUGUAUUCGAUGUUUGACGAAUGAAAGUGAUUCGUUGAUUGUUGAAGUCAUUCAUUAGAAAGAAAGGCUGCGAUCUCGUCUCUCAGCUGUUUCCGUCGGUUCUUCUCGUUUCCACAUGAUCGUCGGUUCGCGUCGUUUUCACAUGAAGGUCGGUUUGUUGGUGUCCUCGUUAUGUUACGAGUCUUAGCUUUGUUGAGCGGCGGCGGCACAUUCCCAGGUCUUAGUCGUUUUUUUUUUCAUUUUUGCUCUAUAGCGAGUGCGACAUCGUUCAGUGCCUCUCGCUUAAGUAAUCGUUCCUCCCUCCCCUUUGAAUCUACAGUGUGCGCUUUGGGUAGCUACAGAGAGUAGUGUGCGUGUUCGGUAGUUUAUUUAUGUAAGGCUGCUCGCCUCCGCGGCCCAUCUAUGCGUUCAUGUUUCUGUAUCCCUCGAUGGCGUACUGGUCGUGCAGCAUUCGUCUCCAGGUUCUUUCUCGGGGUGUCUCUUGCUUCUUUCCAGGUCUUCCAUCGUGCCUCCCUCUGCGCUGGAGUGAGAGUGCAGUGUUUAUUUAUGAGAGGUGGGUGUUUGCUUUGUCGGGUUCGUCUAUUCUGUUGGGGUAUUCGUAUGGCCUUGUGGGGAGGUGGGAGGGAGGGGGAUGGAGGGGGGCGGAGUCUCUGCUGCCUGCUUCCUCUCUUAUCUUUCUUGACCUGCUUGGUUGUCUGGGGGCAUAGUGGGGGGGGCCCCGCAGUUGAUGCCGCGUGUCCGUUUUCCUCUCCGCGAGCUCUUCGGUUGUGACAGGACUCUGUCGUGAAACUCGUCAUCGGGGACUUCCCAUCGACUGCUGCGCUUUCAUUCGACACGCGCAUUCGCUUUGUUGUUUACUUUCAUCGUGCUUAGGUUCACUUGGUAUCUCAAGAUGGACUAAUGCUGGAUUCUCAGUUUUUUUCGCCGAACCGACGAGGAAUUGAACCCAGCUGCUGUCGCAUACUGGCAGGUAUUCCAGUCCGUGCCCGCCGGAGACUGCUUGGCAGGUAUUCCAGUCCCUACCCGCCGGACGCUUUGCUUCUGGCGCCUUCUGCGUGUUGGAAUGGGUGGUCGCCUGCGGGGAGUUGCAGAGGAAGGACAUUCGGGGCGGGGAAAGAUCGCCUGAAUGAAUAUUGAGUGACGGAGCGAGAAAAAUGCCAGGCGAGGGCGGAGAUUCAUUGAACGGUUGCGUGCAUGAAUAUGGAAGUGUUUGUCAGUGGGAUGGUGUCGAGCUGACGGGAGCGCUUUCUCUCAACGUCUGAUGAGGCAAGGAUGGGGCUGGAGUUGGUCGAGCUCGUGGUAGUGAAUUGAGUGGGAGAAGUUUUACAUCGUUUUUGGAAAUUCGUGUCGUCGGUGACUUGGUGCGUGUAGCGAUUUCCACUGCUUCGGUCUCUCACGGCGAGUGGUCGUUGUAGGUGUGUUGUGCGUGACAUGUGUGGGACAGAUCAUUGCGAUACCAGCCAUGGUUGCCACUGCGAAGGCCGUAUGACCUUAUUAGGCGAGCGUGAGGGGGGGGGGUUGGGGGGGAGACGGAGGAGGCUCGAAAGCGGAGAGGAGGAAGGAGCUGGGAGAGGAUGGAGGGAUUUUUUACCCCGUCACCGGCAUGCAUCCUGGCGGGGUUGCUCUCUGGCUGAUGCCCUCAUUUCCGAACUUUGUAGGAGUAUGGACGUCUGUCAGCCGAGCAGUGGAAGAGGUAUGGAUAUGGGUAGGCGGUGGGAGUGGGAUAGAAAUGGAGAAGGAUCCUAGGAGUUGAAGAAAAUUGACUGGUGUGUGUGGCGUGCAGGGUUUCUGCUCUUGGUAUGGUGCUGUAGAUGUCGUUGAAUCCCUCGUUUGGUUAUCGAGGGCAUGCAAUGCUAGAGCAAGCCGUUGUGUAUACGGAGGGGAGCGCUGUGCGAUCCCGGUUGACGUUAUGACGAAGAAAGAGGGUGUGAGGAUUGACUUGGGCCCGAGAACUGAUGAUGCGGUCGGUGUGGCUGGUCGCUUGUAUUGUUGUUAGUGUUUAAUAAGCCUUAAGAAUAGGAAGGGAGCGCUCGCUUGAGAGUCAUGACUUUGUGUACUGAGAAAGGGAGUGUGUUAAUUCAGGCAGACCGGUGCAGGCAUUGGUAUAGCCGCUGAAGACUACUUGAGGAUGUAAGAAGACUGUUUAUUGUCGGUGACACGUGGCAUUCGAUGAUGAUACGUUUUAGGCGCACGUGCGUGCACAUUAUUUGCACUCUGUCUUGUGUGACAAGAUGAUGAGAUAAGAGGUCUUUUGUGACCCUUUGUCAACCUCGAAGCAUAUCUUUUUAGAUCAUAGCUUCUGUCCAUGAUUCGACCGAGUACGUGAAUG